AUGGGAAAUACUGUAACAUGUUAUCAAGAAAAAAAAUCAUUAGAAAUUGAACGUCCGGAUUUCGCCCUGUAUUCUAAAGGAGCAAAAGUAAUCAACCGGUAUACAAGCGAAACCUUUGAAUUAUGGCCUCCAAAAUGGUAUCAACGAUUGUUUGCACAAAUUUCAGGUCAUGGUGUUUUACGCGGAAAGUCACCAAUCACAGCUAUAUCACCGGAUACAUAUGUUGGUCAGUGUUGGCCUUUUCCAGGUCGAGAAGGACAAUUAGCAAUUUUAUUAAGUCAACCGGUGUAUGUUACCGCAGUAACUUAUGAUCAUGUUAGCAAAGAUGCUGGAUUUGAUAUAUUAAGCGCACCUAAAGACUUUGAAGUUUGGGGAAUCAUUGAUGAUGGUAUCGGUGGAAAAACUAAUCAACCAGACAAUAAUGGAUACGAAGAAGAAUUUAUAGAAUCAAGAGUAUUAUUAGAUUCUAAAAAUUUCGCCACUAUGGAUGAUUCAUCACCGCUUCGUCACUUUUUGGGACGAUUUAUAUAUGAUAUUAACGGAUCACCUGUGCAAACUUUCGAAAUAAGCAACCAAAUUCUUAAAUCGAAUAAACCCAUAAAGGCAAUCAUUAUGAGAGUACUUGGUAAUUGGGGAAAACCAUUGUAUACGUGUCUGUAUCGAUUCCGUGUGCAUGGUGACCCAGUAAAUCAUGAUGAAAAUUUAUUUUUAUCGACUGAUAAACAAGAACUCUAA